AUGAUGUUGAAAAAAAUUUUUGCUAUUCUACUCUUAAUAGUUCUUUUUAAUGGUAAUGUUCAAGGACAAUUUCGUCGAUUAUUAUAUCCAAAUGGAAAACAUAGUAUUGUUAAAUCUAAUGAUGAUCCUGGCGAACCUCUAUUUCUUACACUUUAUAUUGAACAAGGUGGACCUGGUGAAACAUCACUCUUCGGUUUAUUUAAUGAACAUGGUCCUAUUCAAAUUAAUACUGAUGGAAGUUUAUCUGAACGUUCUAUUACAUGGAAUUCAUUAUAUAAUCUUUUAUAUAUUGAUAAUCCAGUUGGUACUGGUUAUAGUUUUACAUCAAAUGAUCAAGGUUAUGCUCGUUCACAAGAUGAUGUUGCACGUGAUCUUUAUUCAGCAUUAACACAAUUUUUUCAAAUAUAUACUGAUUAUGUAUCAAAUUCAUUUUAUGUUACUGGUGAAAGUUAUGCAGGAAAAUAUGUACCAUCAAUAGGAUAUAAAAUUCAUAUUGAAAAUCAAAAUCCACAAGUUAAAGUUAAAAUUAAUUUAGUUGGUCUUGCAAUGGGAAAUGGAUGGACAGAUCCUUAUAGGCAAUAUGUUUAUGGACCAUUACUUUAUCAGAUUGGUUCCAUUGAUAAUGAACAAUUAUUUUAUGUUAAUCUUCAAUCAGAUUUAGUACGUUAUGCUAUUAGUCAAAAACGUUUUUCUGAUGCAUCUAAAAUAUCAGAUUCUCUUUUUUAUGGUGAUUUAAUGAAUACAUCUUAUUUAACAAAUGUAACAGGUUUAAGAGCUUAUUAUAAUUAUUUACAAACAGAUGUUACUCCUAAUAUGAAUAAUUAUGUUAAAUUUAUAACAAGUGUUGAUCGUCGUCGACAAAUUCAUGUUGGAAAUUUAACAUUUCAUGAUGAUAAUAAAGUUGAAAUAAAUCUUAUAAAUGAUGUUUUUCAAAGUAUACCAUCCCAACAAUUAACAGUAUUAUUUGAUAAUUAUAAAAUUCUUAUUUAUAAUGGUUUAUUAGAUAUAAUCUGUGCGGAAAGUUUAACAUUAAAUUGGAUUUCUGAUUUACAGUGGUCACAUUCAAAUGAAUAUAAGAAUGCCACUCGUCAAAUAUGGAAAGUUGAUUCAAGAGAUGAUCAAAUAGCUGGCUAUAUUAAAAUAGUUAGUAAAUUGAUGUUAGCUUCUAUUCGAAAUGCUGGACAUAUGGUACCAACUGAUCAACCACGUGCUAUGUUUGAUUUAUUAAAACGUUUUAUUGAACUUACUUUUAUUAAUUGA